UGGUAACCGGUUAUUAUGAAGUUUGCGAAGUACUUGCCAUAAGUAUUUGUUGGUGGUAGUAAUGGUAAUCUUACGUGAUGUAAGAUCAGAAUUUUAUAAUGAGAUUAUUGGGAAGGUGAGUAUGCGCUUAAAUUUACCUGAAACCACUAGCGAGUUCUUGUUUGCGUUUGUCCCGAUGUGGAUGGUCUAUGUACUUGGAAGAUUUUAAAGGAACUCUUCAAACAUCGAGAUGUACUUUACACGCUUGUGGUCGUUAAAGAUAAGAGUGAUCUUAAGGAGGCUUAUAUGAAAAAUCAUGACUCUGUUGGUUUCACCUUCUCUUUUAACCAUUUGUUAUAGUUUCAGGUUGUGUUGCUAUUAAAUUGUGGGGCGAAUUUCGAUAUUGUAGGCAACUUGGAGCCUUCUGAAGAGUGUAUUUUCUAUGUCUGUGAUAGUCACCGCCCGAUUCACGUAAACAAUUUUUACAACCAGCGACAGGUCAAACUUAUGUGUCUAAAUGAGGAUACAUCGUUAGUGCCUAAAUUCGAAGAAGUUUUCCAGGAUUUCUCGAGCGGUGACUCGGAUGAGGAUUCUGAUGAGGAACAAAGCAAAAAAUUAAGACCUGAAGACGUUGAAAAAAGGAUCGAAAAACGAAGAUGGAACAGAAGAAGACAGGAACUUCUUAUGGACUACGAAAGCUUCUCAUACUAUACUGUCGCAUCUUCUGUUGUGAUGUUUGACCUAGCGUGGAAAUUAUCCCAGGAAAACAAUUGUCUACUAUGGUACGGAAUAGUGGGACAAACUUCUCAGCUUAUCACUCAUGCCAUAAAUCGCGAGCAUUAUAUUGAUCAACUAGAUUAUUUACAAAGCCACAUGAGUCGCUUGAGUCAUGUUGGUCAAAUCCACUCAGGAACUAGUACAAAUGAUGAAAAUAAGGCUAGAAUUGAAAUUAUGUUUGACGAUGAGUUAGCCUUAUGGCUUUACAGACAUUGGAGUUUAAAAGAAACUAUGGAAACCAGCAUGGUUACAGCGUCCAAAUUUAAACUUUUUACCGAAGGAGGACAACGACGUAUGUAUGAAUUCCUUGUACAAUUGGGACUUCCAAGACGUGAAUGUGCACAAUUAUAUUCCUCAAUGAAUAGUAAUCUGCGAGAUACUCUUAGUUCUCAGUUUUUACAGUAUGGUGAAAGAUAUGGCCUUUCACGAACAGAUCUAUUCUUGCCCUCAUUCAUUGUUCAUUUGGGAUAUAGAACGCCCAUGUCAGCGGUUGACGCUGUAUUUCUAACUAUAUCUGCUUUGGAGUGUUAUAAUAGCGGUAACCCAGAAGAAAACUUUCAAUCGGCUUUGGAUGCAGUAGCGUGUUGGAGUUUACCUUCCUUAGAUAAAGAACUACUACAGGCAGAAAUGCAUCUCCAGAAUCUAGCUAAUCAAGUGCGAAAUCUACUCGAUACAGAUGAUGUAGUCGCUUUUGGACCAUUUCUAUAUGUAUAUAUUAGAAAGAGUUCUUUGGUUACUCACGCAUUGAGAAACUCUCAGUCAUUAGCAAUUUUAUCCAAAUAUAUUCUUAUGGCCAAAGCAUCAAUGAGAGCGAAAUUGGGUCGUGGCAGAAGAGUAGUUCAAAUGCCUUUAAUUGUCUGCAUAGACAGUAAAACAGAUGAUAAUUACAUUUCUCUCCUGGGCAUUCCACCAAUACACGGAGAUGAUGAUCGGAAUUUAUUCGGUCAAGCCUUUGAAGCUGCUAUAAGUCGUACUAAAGCACGAGCUGAAUUCAAAUACUUCAGUACUAAUUGCAUUGAACUUCAUCGAGAAGAUAUGCUGAAGAUAUUCGAAGCUCUUUCCAACCUUUUAACUUAAUUUUUUAUUUUCUAGUUUUCUACUGAUGUUUUUUGUUGUUGUAUAGAUGUGAAGUCUUGGUGAUUAAAAAUCUUCCACUCUCUUCCACUUUCUUUCUUUAUGGAUACCUUUUUAUGUCGUUGUAUAUUUCUUAUUGUUAAUUAUCGUGUACAUACAUACAUGGAUGUUCUUUGUCUCCACUACCAGAUUAUGGAAUUAAUAGAGAUUUUCAGUUGAGAAUCUCUCUCUCUCUGUUCCCUUUAUCUAUUAUGACAAGGAUUUUCAACUACUGGAGAAGAGAGCUACGAAUAUAAAGGCAUAUCCAUCAUUCUGUAUAUUCGUAGUUGGUGUAUAUUUUGAAGCAUUCAUACCCUGCAUAACCUAUCCAUGCAACUUUCCAAAAAUACUAACUGUUAUAUGAAUAAGAGACAAUUAAGAAAUUUAUUUCCGUUGUAAAAUAUAUGAAAAUUAUCAUACAUCUUCUAUCAUGCAUUUUAAAGUAUUUUGUUAACUGUUAUAUUCGUCUACAUAACUGAGAGAAAAAA